CCAACCUCCUAAUGUACGAAACAUCUCCCAAGCAAAGAUGACUACAACAGUUCUUGCCCUCAUUGGAAACAGUGUCUUCGAGCCUUCAGACGUCUUGUCCACGAAGUGUGGGUCGCGCAGUCCCCAGCCGACUUCGUGUCGACCUCGUCGGCGCAGAUUAGCAAGACCAGUCCACGUUCCGUCAAGGCUAAGAAGAAUCGCGUUUCUUUACGCUGCCACAGCGCCCAGCCUGUCCUCUCGGGUCGAAAGCCACAAAUCCUCCGUUCUGCCCGGACCAACCGUUGAAUGCAAGCCUUCACUAGAAAGCGACAGCCUACACAAUAGUCACGAUAUUCAUUCCCGCGGAACUGCUUCAAAAACAGUAGAUGAGGCUCUGCAAUCAGGGUCGAGUAACAAAACGGGACACGAUUUCUGUGCCCGCGGCGAGAAUGGUUCUACAGAUUGCUCCUCGACCGGGUCGACGAGCAAGCGAUCGGUAUCAAGUACUGAUCGGAGUAGCGCGAUACGUAGUACCGAGGGAAGCGCAUCAUCAACCUACGGCUUCGGCAGCAAGAGGAAAAAGGACACUGUAGACAGCGAAAGCGAUGACAACGCCUCAGGUGGACGCAAAACGCCCAAACUCGCUGCUUCAAGAUCUGAACAGCGACGUUUCGCGUGUCCCUACUAUACACGCGAUCCAUGGCGGUGCAGAUCUUUAAGCUGUUUUGGGUCGGGCUUUCGUAGCAUAGCUAGGAUAAAAGAGCACCUCUAUCGCGUGCAUAAAAGACCGCCUACGUGCCCGCGCUGUUUUGAGACCUUUUCCACAGAUGAUGGCCUUCACGACCAUGCACGAAGUUUGGCAGCUUGCGAGACGAAAUCUCAACCCCCCGAAUCGUAUAUGGAAGGAAUAGACUCCCGACAAACCCAAAUGCUGAAGAGCAAAAAGAGAUCAUUCGGUGAAGCCGAAGAGGAGAAGUGGAGAAUCAUGUAUCGAAUUGUGUUUCCAAAAGACACAGAAAACUUGAUUCCUUCGCCAUAUUACAAAGAUGUGAUUAUGGGACACGGCUCUAGUACUGAUACCUUUCAGGCCUUUGAGGCCUCUUUACUGCGUGAGCUACCAAAGCACGUUUCAAGGGCGUUGAAAGAUAUAGUCGACGAAGAUAUUCAGAGCCGCAUAGAGAGUGCUGUUCGAAACUGUUACAAACAGGUUUCCGAACGGUUUCGUCCGCCUGUGAAAUCUACACAAGAGACGCCGGACAAAUCCGCGGAGGCUUCACAUGGCAAUCCGUCAGUUGAAGAGGGUCGAGAAGGUGACCGAACAUUGUCGCCUUUCCCUCCCCCUACAACCUUCUCGAAUUCUGAUGAUGGCUUCGAGUCAAUCAUGCAGUUUCCUGACCCGACACAAGCUCUUGAUCUCGAGCUAUCCUAUCCUCCUGGGGUAGAAUCAUCACAAAUCCAGUCAACCUUUGGCUAUGCAUUUAGCUCCGCAGACUCUGGUCACGGAGAGUCAGUUUGUGCAAACCCAGUUCACGAAACAGGCGCUACUCAAUUCGAUGAAGUAGGAUCGGACCCUUCCGUCAAGGAGCUCUCAGAUUUCAUCGAAUUUUAUACCGAAGAUCCCAAGUUUUGGCAAGAGUUGUUACUGGAAAAGUCCAGUCCUCAUGAUCUAAUCUCGAGUGGGUGAAGGAAUUGCAACCAAGAGUUAUAUUGCUAUCUAGGUGGUACAAAAGAUGACUUUACCGACACCCGUUUCUUAUAUCAUGCGUUUAAUCGGCGCACACACACAC